CGCGCGUCUUGGCAACGGAAGUUGAACAUUGUUGUUGUUGCCAAGAACUUCCUUGACCGAAGCUAACGUUAACCAGCAGAAUCCAAACAGUUUUGAAGUAAAAUGUCGUCCUGUUGCGUGCCUGGCUGUAAAAAUCGACAUUCCUCAACCAGCAAACUGAAAUUUUACAGAAUACCGUCUGGAUCUCGGCCGUUUCAGGCCAACCGGAGACGUUUAUGGCUACAAGCAAUCCAACGAGCGAACGGCAGUACAGAGGAGCUCAAAGGAAAUGCUCGUAUUUGUGGCGCUCAUUUUAAGUCACAGGAAGCGUCCAUGGACCACGACAGUCCAGACUUUGUGCCUUCUGUGUUUACGUACGCUAAACAGACCCCCAAGAAAAAAGUGAAAAGUUUUGUUCAAAGGUUUUACGGUCGUAGAAAAAGGCGACGCCGUACAGACAAAACAGCCGAAACGGAAGAAAAAACAACUCCACCCAGAGUUGAUUCUCCUGUGGACCUCCAGUCCUCUGUUUUGAUGGGGGAAAUACACACGCCAUCAGUGUCAAAGGAAGGAGAAACAUUAACUAAAGAGGCUGAGACUGAAAGUGAAACCACAACAAUCAAUUCACAAACAACAUCCAGCCCAAACAAGACAUCACCAUCAUUUAAAGCACCGCUAGGCAUCCUAAAUCUAGACAAAAGGAGUCCCAUUGUGUGCCUAAAACAUGUAUUUGUACCAGCAGGUGGGUAUCAGUGUGAGCAGUGCAAUCAGUACUUCACCAGUGUAUCGCAGCUUAUGAAACACAAACGGCAGCAUGAAGAAGAAAGCUCCUCUAUCUGUGACAUUUGUGAAAAGCAUUUCACAAGUCAGGCAGAUUUUACUGAGCACCAGUGUGUCCGCGAGCCUUCCUUUCCGUGCAACGUGUGUGAUCGAUCUUUCACUACAAGCCAUAACCUCAAGCGUCAUAAACUGCUGCAUGUCAAAGAUGGCAGGAAGUGCUCCAAGUGUGGCGUACUGUUCUGUCAGCGUCAUAACCACAUUUUAUUCCUGCCGUUGGCUGAGUCUAUAACUGAGUAUGAAGAGGAUCCCACCACCAUCAAGCCUCGACAUUUCAACAGUAACUUGAUGCCAGAAAGCCAUCUGCUGGAGAAGCCUGAGCCAAGCCAGACUGCUGACCUGAUCUCUAUACCAUUGUUUCUAAAACCGUCCUCUGUGUCACAUCUACCCCCGCCAGUUCCCAGGCUCUCAAGGAACCUGCACAACUAUCCUGCAACCUUCGUUCAGCCCCUUGCCUCCCAACACCCAGAACUACCCCCCGCACUAAAGCUCUUUUCACCACAGUACCUCACCUCAGCAUUACUUGAGGUUAAAAGAAAUUAUGAAUAUAUUUUAAGCAAACCAAGUGAUUGUAAGAAGAAGAAGAAGAAUAUUGUGAAGGAGGAACAAUCCUCUGAUUUCUCCAGAUGAGCAAAUCGUUGAGCACGUCAAAAAGGAAAGAAUUGCUUAUGACCUGGAUAUUGUGCUCUGAUCUAAACAGUUUCACCUCAUAUGUCAAACUAGCAUGUUUGCCUCAGCCGUAAUGUUUCACAUUUCCUUACUACUUAUACCAAGAUCAUCAUAAAGCCAAUAGCACAUUCUGUAAAAACAAACACAUUAGUCGGUUUGGUACAUGCUAAAACAUAAGCUCAUUUAGGCCUGUUCUACUGCCACUAAGCCACACUUUUGCUGCCUGUAUGGCAUGAAGUGGUCACAUUUUGUUUAUGAUAUAUAUACUGUGAAUGUAUUGCUGCACACUUCUCUUCAAUGUCUAUUUUCUUUGGUUGGUAGGCAUAAUCUGGUUCAGCACAUUAAUAUUUUUUUAUGCAAGUGACUGAACUCGUAAUGCUGCUAUUUUUUUAAAUUUGGUAAGAGUUUUUCUAGUCAUUUGUUUUACCACUGUUGUUUGGUUAACCCUGUUCUGUAAGUAAACAGAAUCUGUUACUGAUUGUAAAACUGUGCACUAGGUAGCAUUUGGACUGCAGACUGUAUUCUGUACAUGUAUAACCAGUUUGUUAGUCUGUGGGCAAAUGCACAUUGCUAUUGAUAUCAUGAAUCUCAUUAACUAGCAUCAUAUCUGACAAGAAUUGCCAAUUAAUUCAGCUUUCUCAUCUACCUCAGCUACCGAAAAACCACAUAGACAUUGUCUGUUGUUUUAUAUUAUAGAAAUGUAUUUGCACAUAGUUAUGUUGUUUUUUUUACACGUGUAUGUAAAUUUGGGAUAAACAAGUACGCUAUUA